AGAGAAGAACCGCCAGAGAGCGUUGGUUGGCGCACAGCGUGACCUACCCAAGCCCCGCCCCCGGCGGCGCCUUCUAAACACGUCCUUCCGCUCACUUCCUCCUCUUUUCUCUUCUCCGCCAUCCUAUGUGCGGUUGAGUUCUCCUCACCAUGUCUUCUCACAAGACUUUCAGGAUCAAGCGAUUCCUGGCCAAGAAACAAAAGCAGAAUCGUCCCAUUCCUCAAUGGAUUCGAAUGAAAACUGGCAAUAAAAUCAGGUACAACUCCAAGAGAAGACAUUGGAGAAGAACCAAGCUGGGUCUAUAAGAAGCAAGCUGGGUCUAUAAGAAGUGGUCUUAAUAUGUGUGGCACACAUGUUAAGACCACUUUUUUACGCAGCCAAAUCACAAUGAGAACAUCACUACUGUAAUGCUUGGCUCCUGAUGUUAUUUCCUCACUAUCAGUCUGAGACCCAGUAAUAAAUAUGAAACAUUGGAAUUGUUA